GCUCAUCCGUCGUGCCUUUCGGGUCACGGGCUGCCCGGGGGCCUCUGCGUUCCUGUCCCGGGUCUUCCAGGUUCUAUUCCCAGACGUGUCCCCGUGCUCUGGCGUGCCACCCGCUGCGUCCUCGGGUCGGUGCUCUUACGCCAGGACGCAGGGCCCCCAGGUAGACCAUGGCAGAGUUCUCACAGAAGCGGGGAAAGCAGCGAGGCGGCGAGGGCCUGGGCAGCGCAGUGGACUUCCUAUUGGCUAAUGCUCGCCUGGUGCUGGGUGUGGGCGGGGCUGCAGUGCUGGGCAUUGCCACCCUGGCUGUAAAGCGGCUCAUUGACAGGGCUACUAGCCCUCGGGAUGAGGAUGACACCAAAGGUGACAGCUGGAAGGAACUGAGCCUACUGAAAGCCACUCCUCUCCAACAGCCCCAGCCCCCUCCUGUUGCCCUCAGCGAGCCGGUAUCUCCCAUGGCCCCCAAACCGUCUACCCCAGAGGGGCCCACACACACUCAUUCUCAGAUGCCACCUCAGCUCAGCUCCCCAGCACCAUUGUGCCUGACGUUCCAGGAGAAGCUUCUGGCAUUUGAGAACAACCACGUGGUUAUCCCAGAAGCACACGUGGCUUUAGUGAAACAGCUGGCUGGUGACAUUGCCUUGGAGCUUCAGGCCUACUUGAAGAGCAAGUUCCCAGAACUGUCCUUUGGUGCACUUGUGCCAGGUGGGCCUCUCUACGAUGGGCUACAGGCAGGGGCUGUUGAGCACGUGCACCUGCUGGCACCACUGGUAUUGGAGCCAGGUCUGUGGAGCCUGGUGCCUGGUGUGGACACUGUGGCCAGGGACCCUCGUUGCUGGGCCGUGCGAAGGACCCAGCUUGAGUUCCACCCCCGUGGGCGCAGCCCCUGGGACCGCUUUCUGGUGGGAGGUUACCUCUCCUCUCGGGUAUUGCUGGAGCUGCUCCACAAGGCCCUGGCAGCUUCAGUCAACUGGCCAGCCAUUGGCAGCCUGCUUGGCUGUCUGAUUCGUCCUAAUGUGGCUUCGGAAGAGCUGCUGCUGGAGGUACAGCAUGAGUGUCUGGAGUUCACUGUGGCUGUGCUCGUAGCAGUCCCUGGGGCCAACUCUGAUGACCGCCUCCUGCUGGCUUGGCCCUUGGAGGGGCUGGCUGGGAAUCUCUGGCUGCAGGACCUGUAUCCAGUAGAGGCUGCCCUGUUGCGGGCCCUGGAUGAGCAGGAUUUGGGUACUCGGCGGAGGCUGCUGCUGCUACUGUGUGGUGUGUGCCGUGGCCACCCAUCCCUGGCACGGCUAGGCCGGAGCCACCUGACUCAGGUGGUUCUCCGUCUGUGCGAAGAGGAAAUAAACUGGACUGAGGAGGCCUUGGGUGAACGUUUUCUGCAGGCCCUGGAGUUGCUGGUGGGCAGCUUGGAGCAGGCUAACCUGCCCUGCCACUUCAAUCCUAGUGUGAACCUCUUGGGCAGCUUGCAGGAGGAGGAGAUUGAUAACAUUGGCUAUGUGCUGUACAGUGGUCUACAGUCUCCUGAAGGCCUGCUUUAGGUGGAUGAAGACAGUAAUGGACUUUGUUUUCUGAUGGUGAGCUGUAACUACCUCCCUCCCAGGAAACUGCAAAGCAGUGUUUACUUGCUUUCAGCCAGAGCAAAGGAGGGAGAUACAGUACCUAAACCUACAGGUGAUGUGUGCCUGGGUCAAGGUUACCAGGACUCUUGAGCUCAGAGUCCAGGUUGCUGUCACUUGAAUGUGGCUGGCCUGUCCUGGCUGACAGCUUGUAGUGCCAGCCAGAUACCCCUCAGCCUGGGGUUGACUCAGGACCUUGGACUCAGUCUAUCAUCACCAGCAAUGAAUUCCCCAUGAAUAAGUCAUGGCUUUUGUUCUCUUGGGUGAAGGCCUGGCAAAGUCCUGUUCCAACUUUUUUGUCAAGGAAGAAAUCUUCUUGGCACCUAGAACUCAUUGAGUCUCAUGUAUUUUGUACCCCUGGCUGGAGUUACCUGAUACCCUGGAGGAUAGCUCCAUAGCUGUCAAAGGAUGGUAUUUUCCUGAGUUCAAUGCUUUUGUUUUUCUGGUCAAAUCCUUGGUCUCUGGAACAGGAGUUCUGUUUCACUUGCUGUUGGCCUUAUACCCAAGGAAGGCCCUGUACCCUCCUGCUUAGUGAGUUUUCUCUGUAGGUCACUCAUGCCUCUGGGAGAGCCCCUUCCCCACUGGGAGGUGAGCUCUGUGCUGCCUACGCAGGGCUGUCCCACAGCAGCUGCUCUGGAACCCUACUGGAGGACAAAGAAACAUGUCCUUCCCAGAGGCUAGUGUACAGUCCUGGACUCUGCAGUGUGCCAAAAUAUUCAUGAUGGCUGUCUGUGUCCUGACCUUGCUACCUAGUCAAAGUAGCAUGACCAGAGGAGGGAGAUUGUCUCCCCUGCCAGGGGCCUCUCCUAUUUUUAGUGUCCCCCAUUGAAAUAAAGCUAUGCCUUGAA